UUUUUUUUUUUUAGUUUUCUUUUUUUUCUCACCACUCACUCUUUUAAUUUUCCAGUUCUCCCCCCGUUUCAUUAAAUGGAUACUCAAUUCAGUCAACAAGAAGAUAAUUAUAAUUGGGUGGAUUCAGAUACUGUCACUUUGAAUGGAUUUAGUUUCUGUGCUCGUCAUGGGUUAGAAUUAUGUCACAAAUGUCCAACGGACAACCGUAUGAUGAAUAAUACCUCUAUAGAGGACUUGCUUACAGAAAAAGUAUCAGAAGAAGAACUGGAAAAGAAAUGGAAAGGGGAUGACCGAGAGCCUUUCACAGUGACCAAUCAAUGGGUUCGUGUUGGUUCAGGUAAACCAGGUUGUAUUGCUCAUAAAGAAGUCGCUUGCCCCGAAUGCUUCAACUGGGGAGAAAAGAUUUUAUCUGAAAUUCAAGGAAAGAAGAAGGUCAAACGUGCUGCUCGUAAAGCAAAGGAUAAAUCUAGUCGACUUGAAUAGUAGUAGUAGUUAGUAUCAUCAUUUCCUUUUGGAAUUAAAUAAACACUCGAUUGUCCUUUCAAUUUUUUUUUUUUGAAAUCAAAUGUGGGGAUAACAUGGUUGUUCUGAUGAUGAUGAAUGAUGGAUGAUGGAUGAU